CGUCAAUUAAAUAAAUGUACAUGUACCAGGUACCUUGAUGUACACAAGCAAAGUAAAAGUAAAUAGUAAAUAAAGAUAUUAAUUACUUUUAUCGUACUGUACUUACUGAAAAUAUAAUUCAUAACAUCAAGAAAACAUACAAAUAUAUCAAAAAUGGCUCACAUACAGCUAGUCGACGAAUUAGUGCGAGAAUAUUUGCUUUUCAGAGGUUUCACCAACACAGUAAAAGCAUUCGAUACGGACUUGAAAUCGGAUAAAGACAAAGGAUUUAGAGUGGACAAAAUUGUGGAUCAAAUCGUGCAUUAUAUAAACGUUUCCGACCUUUCUGGACUCAAAGAAUACUGGUCACAUCUUGAUAGUAUAGUAUUUUCUAAACUAGAAAUUCAUGUACAACCUGCUGUACGCAAGAUAGAAUACAGUCUAUACAAACUGUAUCUAAUAACAGCUGCCCAGAGUGCUGGUGGAGUUAGGAAUGAGAAGGUAGCAGAAUUCCUAUCUAAGAUGCUGCCAGAACUGCAAGGUCAAACUGAAUGGAGAGAUUGGUUUAUGUUGCCCUAUGUACAAAAGCCUGAAGAGAAUCCAUCAUUUAGUCUCUACUUCACACGCGCCUGGCAGGAUAGUGUGCUGGUGUCCCUACAUAACCUUUUGGCGACAGUAUUCCAGUGUAUGCCUCAACCUACACUAACUAGUUAUGAAAGUGAUGCUGCUCUUGUGAAACGGCUGCAGGAUGAAAUAACUGCACUAAAGGGCAAAUCACAACCAACAGAGAAAACAUCACCAGUUUGUCACCAAUCACGUUUAUCUCAGUACUCUGAACGACUCAGUGGGCCUCUACCAUUAGUUGAUGACUUCUAUGCAAUACCUUCAGAACAUUUUGAUGGAGGAGUGAGGGAGGCACGAGGUUUAAGGAGUUUAUUGAGACAAAUGGGUGGCAGUCCUGUUAUGGGCAGAAAACCGGGAAGAUCUCAAAGUCAAAACUAACCCAAAGCCUGGUAGUGCGUAAUAUAUUAAGUUAAUGGGUUUAUAAAGGUUUAACUUCACAGAGUAAUACCCUUUACGCCCUUUUCCCAUUUUUCACCACAUUUUUGAUCGGUGCUUCGCUCCUUUUGGUCGUAGCGUUAUGUUAUAUAACUUAUAGCUUUUCUCGAUAAAUAGGCUUUUCAACACAAAAAGAAUUUUUCUAGUACGUGAGUAGGCAAGGUAGAAGUACGAAAUUGCUUGCACGGGAUGAGCAAGUUUUGCGCUAUUACGUCACGGACAAUAUCGCGACUGUUAUCGGGAGUCGAUAUUUAUGCGAACUUUGAAAUCAUGUUUAAUGUUCAAGGUUGUGUCAAAUAUGACAUAGUGAUGUUCUGAUUCUUAGACCACCUAUCUUGGUUUUUGACUUGCCUAAGUGGUGUGUCAAAUGUGGCACAAUUUUUGAAAUAUUUUUUUUCUUUCUUUCUUUCUAAAAUCACGGUGAAUCACUAUUUGGUAUUUUUAAACAAAACAACAAGUAUCUUGUUGUUUUGUUUUAAAAUACCAAACAGUAGACUCCCUAUUCUGCGCACCUUUCACCGUGUGGGUGCGGUAAAUUUAUAAAAUAGUCAGGACUAAUUAAUAUUGGAAUACAUAAUGUUU